AUAGGCGGGUGUAAAAAAAAAAAGCUGCCGUGAUAAUCGGAGACUGAAAAGCUACGCUUUGCGUCUGGCGCUAUCGCGGGGGCGACCCCGAGAGGGCACGAGAGACGACCCUCGAGGGGGUAUUGUUGGUGGAAUUCCGAGCAUAAUUAAAGCAGAGGACAGGGAUUACGGAGACGGACCUGAGAAGUCAUCGGUGGCGUGUAUUCUCAGGGUUACAUGACGGAUGUGUGGUGGUGUUGCAUGCUGAUCAAAUGAGCUCCAGGUGACCAUUCUGUGUAUGCAUUAUUAUGUUUAUGUGGGCUCCCUCUCUUCCUCCCAUCACGGCCCUAACCUGUGUACUGCGGUGCUUUCCUUGUGAGCCGUCGUGGGCCGGCAUCCCAUUUGUGCACCGCCCUCACUCUCCGCCCAUGGUGAGAAUGACACGCUCAAAGACAUUCCAGGCCUAUCUUCCGAGCUGCCAUCGGACUUACAGCUGUAUCCACUGCAGAGCACACCUUGCCAACCACGAUGAGCUCAUAUCUAAGUCCUUCCAAGGGAGCCAGGGCCGAGCAUACCUGUUUAAUUCUGUAGUCAAUGUUGGAUGUGGCCCAGCAGAAGAGAGAGUCCUACUUACGGGCCUGCAUGCUGUUGCAGAUAUUUAUUGUGAGAACUGCAAAACCACGCUGGGCUGGAAAUAUGAGCAUGCGUUUGAGACCAGCCAGAAGUACAAGGAAGGCAAAUUUAUUAUUGAAUUGGCACACAUGAUCAAGGACAAUGGCUGGGAGUGAAAAAGCAGCAUGGGGUGCUGUGCAGAUCCACUACGCUGCUUGGUGGAAAAGAACCCCGACUGAGCUGCGGACGGCCUGCUUCUUCCUCUCUCUGUCCAUCUUGCUUUGCUCCAGAAAUGCCAAAGGAAGCCCCCUCUGUGUAUUCAUGCGUUUCCGUCUCUGCUUUUGUGGGGCGGGUCCUCAGUACUGGUGGGGUGUAUGAACAGAGAUAGGGGGUCACUCUUCACCCCAGAGGGAUGAGGUUCAUGAAGAUGGCCCCUUGGAGUGGGCUGUGGGUGCUACUGCUGUCUGGUCUGCAGCACGUUGCACACUGAGGGUAGUAAUUGGGUGUUUUUACCACCCUCUCCUACAGAAGUCAACAAAUCAGUGUGUUAUAUUUUCUAAUCGGGGAAAAUGCCCCACUUAGGGAAGGGUGUGAAGCUGCAGUGUGUCCCUAUUGUAUUGUCACUAGGAUAGAGUGUGAAGAAGAAGAAGGGAUUGAGGAUUGGUAUAGUAAUACCAAGCACCUAUGUGAGACCCUGGGUAUCAAAGUCAGAGUCAAGGUAAAUAUUAUCCUCCUCAUAAGGGAAACCUAGUUAGUCACGUGUGUUACAAAUAAGUAAGGAAAAGAAUUAGCAUGUGGGUGGGUCUGAGUCCAUAUUCUCAUAAACCUCUCCAUCGUUGCUGAUUUAGUGGUGAAGAGACAGGAGUGAAGGCCAAAGCUGAGGCUCCACCACAGUAGAGGCGCUCCUUUUCCCACAUGACCAUUGACGGGGAAAGAAGGGUCUUUGGGACCUCAAUUUUGAGUGUCUGAUUUCUGCCAGAACCCAGUAAGAUGAUUGCACCCACCACAACCAGUCGUGAUGACUGUUGCCUCCCAGAAGCACGAAAGACCACCCCUGCCUGUAUAAACAGUGAGUGUGGACAUGUGUAACUGCUUAUCUUGUACUAUUCCAAGCCUUCACUCCAGCACUUAGUUUUGCUACUUUUUUAAAAUAGUUAAAAUGUUUGCUCUUUUGUAUAAAUACUGUUGGGCACCAGUUCUGUCACUGGACAUAUGUACUUUAAUUCUCAUAAAAUCGCCUCCAUGAA